GGUCGUUUAUUUGCACCGGUGUAGUAGAGCUCACCUUCGAUUUCUUUAAAGAAAAAGUCUUCUAAAGGUUUCAGAAACUCCCUGAACAAAAUUUGUGUUAGCCUCUGGCCGUUUUGGAAAGGACAUUCCGGGAUGUGUCGAAGCUUUUACACACAGAGGAGGCUUUCCUGAUGGACGACACGAUUUCUUUUGCUUUCAGGUUAAAGAAUUUCAAGCUGCAAGUACUAACACCAUAGCUUAUGAUACAUACCACAAGUCACUUUAAGUCCUUUGACAGUGCAAAAGGUCCAAUCUAAAGUUAUUGAAGUGUAGUUUCUAUUCGGUUUUCUAAUUUGGAUACUGCUGUUGACUGUUUCUUUUCCAAGAUGGCGUCAUCAUCUGCUCAGCCGACGGAGUUAGAAUGUGCAGUCUGCAUGAAUGGCUUCACCACACCAAAGAUUUUACAAUGUGGACAUCUUCUCUGCCUUGGAUGUGUCAUUUCCUGGAUGGAUUCAAAACCUAACGCUGGAUGUCCUCUGUGCAGAUCUCCUAUAGUCGAGAAACAAGGUCGACCAGGUCAAAGUUCAGCUGACAUUGCCGAUGCCCUGCCAACAGAUUUCGUGAUGGAAGCGCUGGUGGAUAGCGCUCGUGUGCUGAAUAAAGAUCCUGUUUGUUGUGUAUGUGAUGGUGUCAGUGCGGAGUUUAUCUGUAUACAGUGUCAGGACAUGUUGUGUUCAGGGUGUGCCAAGGCUCAUAAAAAGUUUUCGUCGACUCGCAAUCACGAUGUGGAAGGUCUCAGCACUGUGACACCUGAACGUCUGGCUGCCAGCCGCCCUGCACUGUGUGCUGACCACGGCGACAAACACGCGAAAUACUUUUGUGGCGACCACCGCCUCGCUGUCUGUUUACUUUGCAGCUUCAUGAAACACAAAAACUGCUCCUUAAUGAGAGAAAUGGACGAAGAAAUGAAGUCAGCUGAGUCUUCAACGACUGAUUUGACGAACAGACUCUCUCUGGCGGAGAAGCUUGUGGAACAGGCGAUGGCUGAGGUGGACAAUUGUUUGGAGGAUGUGGACAUCAGUGAAGCAAACGACGUGUCACAGGUAGACGCUGUAUGUGACCGUCUUCGCAAUCUGGUGGAAGGUUUUCGAAACAAAUUAAAGGAAAUCAGCCGUUUAUCCCAUUCGCAAGUCAGGACAUCACUCAAAGAGUUUAAAUCCUCACUUGGAGGGCGACUAGGGACCGUGAUGUCACACAAAAAUAUUGUGGCUCGAGUCCGAUCGGUGGCACCGUGUCCUGCACUCAUACACGCAACCAAAACUCUAACAGACAGGGUCAACAGCCUUGACAUCGAUGCUGACCUAGAAGCUGAUGUCCAGGCUAAUCCUUCCCUAGAUACAACUUGCUAUAAAGACAUAGUCAGACACAUUGAGAAAGACCUACAAAUGCUGGGAAGGAUGAAAAGCGAUCUUCAGAGGCAACACCUGGCUUUUCAUGCAAAUUCUGGCAUCUUCAGUACACUGAUCUUAGACAAGAAAAUUGCAGGACAGAAAAAUGAUGGACUUUAUUUUGCAAGACCUGGAGUAGUGGCAUCUUGUCGGCCGGUAGAGCCAAACGUUUUAUAUCAGGUCAGAGUAGACAAAACUAUGUCCAAAGGUUUCGUGUACUAUGGAAUAACAGAAACUAAACCCUCCAAACUUGACUCACUUCAAAAAAACUACGGUCUUUCAAGAUGGAGACACUUGACAAUUGAAAAAGGGCUGAUAGGAGUGAUGAAAGAUUCAUCUAAUCAUCUUCACUUUUACUUGGACGAUCAAAAGAUAGACACCGACACAGGUGAUAUUCCUCGGCACUGCUAUGCCGUGUUCGUGCUCUUACCUGGCGUCCUGAAGACUGCACUGCCACCAGAGAAUGAGAACCACAUAAAAUUUUGUUAUCUUUGUGUUUGUAUAAGCAGAAGCUUUGAUUCCAAAAUGGAUGAACCACAAGAACGAAAAUGUGUUGUGUGCACGAAUUACUACACCACUCCAAAGAUUCUACCCUGUGGUCAUCUCAUGUGUCAACAAUGUGUCAUUUCUUGGAUGUACUCAAAACCUAGAGCUGGGUGUCCGCUGUGUAGAUGUCCUAUAGUAGAGCAGUCAGAUGGAAGUUCGUCCGACACUGUUGACGCCCUGCCGACAGACUUUGUGAUGGAAGCGCUGGUGGAGAGCGCUCGUGUGCUGAGUAAAGAUCACCUUUGUUGUGUGUGUGACACCAAAAAGGCUGAAAAUAUUUGUAUUCAGUGUCAAGACAAAAUGUGUUCAUCAUGUGCACAACUACACAAGAAGAUGUCGGCGACUCGCAGUCACGAUGUGGAGAGUGUCAGCACUGUGACACCUGAACGUCUGGCUGCCAGCCGCCCUGCACUGUGUGCUGACCACGGCGACAAACAGGCGGAGUUCUUCUGCCGCGAGCACCGCCUCGCUGUCUGCAGAGCCUGUAAGGCUAACAAACACAAAGUAUGUCUGAAAGUAAGCUUUCUUGACGAUGAAACAGAAUCAGUACAAAAAUCGCUGAACGACUUGACAAAGAUUCUGGUAGAAGCGGAGCAGAAGCUAGAGCAGGCUAUAGGUCAGCUGACGUCACGUCUACAGGAAGUUGAUGUCAGUGAACAAGAAGACAUGGCGCAGGUGGACAAGUCAUGUGACCGACUUCAGAAGCUGGUGGAAGAUUUUCGAAACAAGUUGAAGGACAAGACUCGCACGUCACAUCUCCAAAUCAGGAAUUCCAUACGUGACGUCAAGACUGCCCUGAGCAACCGUCUAGGGAAGGUGACGUCACACAAACACAUUGUGACGCGAGUGACGUCAGUGUCACCACGUCCUGCACUGAUACACAUGACACAGGCUCUGACAGACAGGGUCAACAGCCUUGACCUCAGCGCCGACUUGCAAGGAGAGGUGUGGGUGAAGCCCUCAUCAAGUGUAGAGAGUUGUCAAGAAGUUGUAGGACGGAUAGAACAAGAGCUACUGACAUUCGAACAGCAGAAAACAAAGACAAAGCUGGACCCACAGCCACCAGUCCUUGUGUUCCACGACAACUGCGGAACCAACAUUCGUCUGACGAACGGUAACAGGACCGCGGAGAAGAUAAAGUCACAUGCCAUCUACCACGGGGUGGUCGUGUCACGUGAUGCAAUGGUGGCGGAUGUCUUGUAUGAAGUCAGAGUUGACACAAUAUCAGGUGAGAACAGCGAGCUAUUAUUAGGAGUGACAAAGAUAUCUCCUGAACGUCUCCUUGUGAUAAAGUUUUCUACAGACUGGAAAGACUCCGUUAUCAUCUCGCCCAGUCUGGUCGCACACCAGGCAAAACUUGUGUCGACACCGAUAGGAAAAGGUCUCCAGAGGCUUCAAGUCGGGAGUCGAGUCGGGGUCCUGGUGGACUCAUCAAACGAUCUUCACCUCUACAUCGAUGGACAGGACCAGGGUGUGGCAGCAACAGGUGUCACCCUGCCCUGUUUCGCUGUCUUUGAUCUCUGGAGUACAGUGACUAAGGUGACAGCCCUUCCUGUAUCUAGGAGGACAUGAAGAAUAUCAGAGAACAAGAAGUCUGAAAAAGUCUGAAACAAAGAAAAACAAAAAAGAAUAUGUUCGUGACUAACCUGAGCUUGAAUAUCCCCAAUGAGAGCCCCAAUGAAUUUGUUUCGUCAACCUGUUUUCUAUGCAAAACAAAAAGAGUAUUAAUUUGUGUAUUAUUUUUUCCCUUUAAUUUCUUGGUUAUUAAAAACUCUAUGCCCUG